AUCGAUCCGGGCUUCAUCAUAUCGUGUCUCUCCCCGCACCUGCACGGAACCAUCCGCUCCCCCUUCCCUUCCCUUCCCUUUCCCCAAAACGCUUCCGCCUUUAUCGGGGGAUCGCCGCUGAUCUAUCCCUCGGCGAACGGAGCCCCCGCGUGCCCUCCCGCGCUCGGGAGAGGAAGGUAUAGGGAACUCACCAUCCUUCGGACGCAAUCUCUUUUUUGAUCGCGAUGGACGGGAACAAAGACGAGGCUUUGAAGUGCCUUCGGAUCGGGAAGGACGCGCUGGAGUCCGGGGACCGAGCUCGUGCCCUUAAAUUCCUCUCCAAGGCUCGCCGUCUCGAUCCCGCUCUACCGAUCGACGAUCUCAUCUCCGCCGUCGCUGCCGCCGAUGGUGAGUCUGGAGGUGCCGAUGAUUCCGCUGCGUCGGCGGACUCUUCCCAGCCUGACGGGCCCUCCGGUGGUGCUUCUUCUCGCGCGGCAGCUGCCGCCGCCUCCUCUUCUCGUUCCAAGGCUAGGGUUUCCUCGGAUGGCUCUGUUUCUUCCAGGGAUUACACCGAGGAGCAGGUAACCGUCGUCAGGCAGAUCAAGAAGGAAAAAGAUUACUAUCAGAUCUUGGGGCUGGAGAAGGGAUGCACAGUGGAGGAAGUUAGGAAGGCUUACCGCAAGCUCUCUUUGAAGGUGCAUCCGGACAAGAACAACGCGCCCGGCGCCGAGGAAGCAUUCAAGGCGGUCUCUAAGGCCUUCCAAUGCCUCAGCGAUGAGGAGAGCAGGAAAAGGUACGAUCUUGUCGGAUCGGACGAGAUUACUCUCACUCGGCCUGCGGCACGGCAUAGGAAUCGCGGGUUCAAUGGCUUCUAUGACGAGGAUAUUGACGCUGAUGAGAUUUUUAGGAAUUUCUUCUUCGGUGGAGGGCCUCCGGUUGCCACUCCUUUCGGCACUUUCCGGUUUAGAGCUGGUGGCAUGGGUGGGCCAAGCGCUCAAGAGAUGCGUGGUUCCGGCAAUCCUAACCUCCGGAUGCUCAUACAGCUUUUGCCUGUCAUCAUUCUGUUACUGCUGAACUUUCUUCCAUCUUCUGAACCCUUGUAUUCGUUCUCUCGUUCCUAUCCUUAUGAGCACAAGCUUGAGACAUCAAGAGGCGUUGCGUACUUUGUUAAGUCGGUGAAAUUUGAAGAAGAAUAUCCUUACCAGAGCCCAAAACGCAUUGCUUUGGAAGACCGUGUGGAGAGAGACUAUGUUGGGAUCCUUUCACAGAACUGCCGGGUUGAGUUGCAGAGGCGGCAGUGGGGCCUGUCAUUCCAAACACCAUAUUGUGACAAGCUUCAGAAGUUUCAGGCAACAACUUGAUGCCUAAAGAUGAGGCCACAAUCAGGUGGAUGUGGACAUUGAUAUUGAAAAUGCCGUAUUCUGUUUAAAAAAUGCUAUUUUGCCUAUUUCAAGGGUACUUCAAGGCUGGCUUGCUGUUGGCAUUCGGACAUGUUGGUAAGAUGUGGGAGGUUUCUUGCAUCGUUUUUGGAAGUCUGUGCAGUCUAGAAUCUGGAAGACUUGUUACACUCGAGACAUAUUAUUGCAGUUAGAUAAAUGAUUUUAUGACUAAACUACGAAUUACUUGUUUCUCACCCAAUUUAUUGUUGUAUACGACAAAGAGACAGCUUUGGAAUAAUGUCCCUGCUACUUAAUAAUGGAUCCAAAACUCCUGCUCUGCACACAGCAAUAAUGUAUUCAGAAUUAACUGUUCGAUCUGAAUGAACCAUGUCUCUUUGCCUUUGUUUCGUC